AUCUAAUAAGGAUGGACAACCAAAAGGGCAAACGAAUGGGAUAAGGUAAACUAGCAGGUGCAAAAAGACAUAAGAAUAAAAUGAAUAAGGAAAAAAAGGGCGGAUAGCACAUUACCAAUGGUGAUAUACGUAGACUUGCUCGAAGAGGGGGUGUUAAAAGAAUUUCUUCAGAUUCUUACCCUACGACUAGGUAUAGUGAUUUUUGAUCGCAAUAGAGAUGUCAUAGUUAAUUUCUUAUCAUCGUUGGUCAAAGAUGCUAUCAUAUACACGGAACAUGCCUAAAGAAAUACGGUUUAAGCAAUGGAUGUGGUUUACGCUUUAAAAAAAUACGGAAGAAACUUAUUGCUUAAUAACGAUUGAUUUAUCACAAUUUUGAAUUGCAGCAUCAUAAUUUAAAA